CCCGCCCCGCCCACCGGAAGCAGCGGCCAACCCGGCGACCCACCCACGGUAAGGGACGAGAUGAUGCUCCGCGGCGCGGCAGCGGCGGCGGCUUAAAAGGGACUCGAGCCCUCCCUGUACCCCCACCCCCACCCACACCCCAACCCUACCCUACCCCGCCGCCGUACAUCUCUGAUCUGAACAACCGGAGCAGCGCCGUGGACUCCUAAUCCGUUGCCGCCCGGCCCUUUCUACACCCCAACCCCGGCCGCCAUGAACCUUCGAAGGCACAACAAGCUUUGUGCACAAGCUGUCAUCAUCCAGCCAUUCUCAAGACUAAUAUGGCGAUGCCAUAAGGUGCUUUUAAUGCCAUGGGAUUAUACUAUGGCCUUGAUGUUGCUGUAUUCGGUAAUGUCCGUUGUGGAGAUUCCGAGAGCAACAAUGGCGGUUUACAACCAGGCUGCAGUGCUAAUGUUUGUUGCAGCAGCAGCAGCAGUGUUAGCUUCUCUCCAUCAUUGUUCGCUGCUGAGCCCUUAUGUGGCUGCACCAGCAGCGUUCCUGGUUGGAGGAGUGAUGUGAAGCUGCAUGGGUAAAGAAUCAUAAAGGCAUAAUUAUUCUUUAAUAAUUGUGUUAUUGCACCCAGUAUUUUUCAAGAAAAAGAAAAUUUUCCUAGGCUGGAUGGAAUAUCGUUCUCCAGAUAGCAAGAUCUACCAACGCCUACCUUUUUAGUUGUUUACAUAUCAUGUCAUAUGAGCUGGCAAAUAAAGUCAAUUGCUACUAAAU